AUGUUUGGAGCUGCAAAAACUGCUUUCGGUUCACCGGCUAGUUCUGGAUUUGGUCAGAGUGGCACUACUCUGUUUGGUGCAGCGCCUGCUCAGGCAAAUCAACCCACAAACAAUUUGUUUGGACAGUCUGCUAUGAGCUUAAGUGCAUCAACUUUUGGUUCGACAGCACAGGCCGGCACUAUCGGAUGGGGUGCCAGUGCGGACGCAUCACAGUCUCCCAACGGAACAUCCAUAGCAUUCAAUCCACCAAGUACGACGGAUUCCGUUCUGCGGGGUGGUCAAUCCACUACAGUGAAUGCAAAACACAUGUGCAUCACAGCGAUGAAAGAAUACCAGUUUAAAAGUCUAGAGCCGGCAACCAGUGGCACUUCAAUAUUUGGUCAACCAAAUAAACCGACGAACACCUUAUUCGGCGGUGGUAAUCUCAUGUUCGGUUCAUCGUCCCCAGCCGCUCCAACCGCAUUCGGUCGAACGCCGCAGACCCAAGGUGAGCUAGUUUCCUAUUGCGCCUUUCUUGAUUGUUUCUUCAUUCGUGUUACCUCUUAUCGGACUGCAAGCCAACACACAGGUAUGCUGUUAAUCUCAGUAUGUCAUUAUUAG